CUCCCCCCCCCACCCCCAGCCAGCCUGGCGCUGGCCCGGCACGAGUCUCAGACUAUGAAUUACGUGGGGCAGCUUGCAGGACAAGUCCUGGUUACUGUGAAGGAGCUAUACAAAGGCAUUAAUCAGGCCACUCUUUCAGGAUGUAUUGAUGUCAUUGUGGUUCGCCAGCAGGAUGGUACAUUCCAGUGUUCUCCUUUUCACGUCCGAUUUGGGAAACUUGGUGUCCUGCGUUCAAAGGAAAAAGUAAUUGAUAUAGAAAUUAAUGGAGAUGCUGUUGAUCUUCAUAUGAAGCUGGGUGACAAUGGAGAAGCUUUCUUUGUACAAGAAACUGAAGAAGAAAAUGAAAAAGUUCCUGCCUAUCUGGCAACCUCCCCAAUAACCACUGAAGAUCAGUUCUUUAAAGAGACUGGUGAUCAUUUGAAAUCUGGUGAAAAUGAAAGGACAUGUCAGCUAUCUGAAGUUCCACACACAAUAGAAAUGGAGACUGUGUUCACCCCAGGGUCUGUGAAGAAGAAAAAGCGCAGAAGAAAGAAAUACAAACAAGACAGUAAGAAAGAAGAUCAAAUAUCAUCUGCUGGGACUGAGGAGAUCUUUGAAAUGGAAAUAAGCUCAGAUGAUGAGAAAGGUAUUCAGCCUCUAAGAGGAUCUUCAAAUUCUUCACCGAAGAAUGAAGAGCAGAAGGAGUCUUUGAUUUAUCACUCCAAGGAUCUUUACCCUCUGUCUGAUGGUGAAUGGGCCCCUUUGGAGAACACUUUCUCUGAGCCAGUCUGCCCUAAAAGUGAUUCAGAACUAGAAGUGAAACCUGCCGAGAGCUUGCUUAGAUCUGAAUCUCACAUGGAGUGGACGUGGGGAGGAUUUCCAGAAUCUACCAAGAUAUGCAAAAAAGAAAAAUUGGAACAACCUAGAACAGCCACUAUUACCCCAUCGGAGAAGACGCAUUUUAGAGUCAUCCUCAGCUCUGAUGAAGUUGAAGAUGAAGAUUUGAUGAAAGAUCCUGUCUGUACUGUACUGAAACCUGAACCCAGAACUCAUCCUCUAUUGCAACAGAGAGAUAGUAAAGAUUUCCUUGCUUCAGCAAUCAUAGAACCUCAGGAUUCAUCUUCCUUAGAUGCUGAUCGUCCCCCCAACCCAUUAGUGGAUGUGUUAUCAGAAACAAAACCAACAGCAAAAAUUGAAUCUCCCUCCAAAAAGAAAGGCGUCCACAAGAGAAGCCAGCACCAGGGGCCUGAUGAUAUUUACUUGGAUGACUUGAAGGCUUUGGAACCUGAAGUUGCUGCACUCUAUUUUCCCAAAAGUGAUUCUGAUCCAGGUUCCAGGCAGUGGACAGAGUCAGAUACUUUCUCUGGUUCUCAGUCACCACAGUCAGUGGGAAGUGCUGCAGCUGAUAGUGGCACAGAGUGUAUGUCUGAUUCUGCUAUGGAUUUGCCUGAUGUUACCCUCUCACUUUGUGGAGGUCUAAAUGAAAAUGGAGAGAUCUCUAAAGAAAAAUUCAAGGAACAUAUUAUUACUUACCAUGAAUUUGCUGAAAACCCAGGACUUAUAGACAAUCCUAAUCUGGUAAUAAGGAUAUACAACAGGUAUUAUAACUGGCCAUUGGCUGCUCCAAUGAUCCUCAGUUUGCAGGUGUUCCAGAAAAGUUUGCCCAAGGCUACAAUAGAGUCUUGGGUCAAAGAAAAGAUGCCAAAGAAAUCUGGAAGGUGGUGGUUCUGGCGCAAGAGGGACAGCAUGGCUAAACAGCUCCCAGAGGCAAAGGAGGGAAAAUCUGAAGCUCAAAGAACAACUGACCUGCCAGCAACUACAAAAGAGCAAGUUAAUAGUAGGCCAACAGAAGAUGAUUCUUCUAGCGAUGAAGGGUCACAGGAACUGAAAAAAUCCCUAAAAAUAGAUUCUGCCCCAUUGGAUCAUCCAAGCCAAGGCAACACUACCUCUUACAAGAAGUCACUUAGAUUGUCUUCAGACCAAAUAGCAAAACUGAAGCUCAGAGAUGGCCCUAAUGAUGUUGUAUUUAGUAUUACAACCCAGUAUCAAGGUACGUGCCGUUGCGCUGGAACUAUAUAUCUGUGGAACUGGAAUGACAAGAUCAUCAUAUCUGAUAUUGAUGGCACAAUAACCAAGUCUGAUGCUUUAGGACAGAUUCUUCCACAGCUUGGCAAAGACUGGACCCAUCAGGGCAUCGCAAAGCUCUACCAUUCUAUCAAUGAGAAUGGCUAUAAGUUUCUGUAUUGCUCCGCCCGAGCCAUUGGAAUGGCAGAUAUGACAAGAGGGUAUUUACACUGGGUGAAUGACAAAGGAACAAUCCUACCCAGAGGCCCCCUGAUGUUGUCCCCCAGCAGCUUAUUCUCUGCCUUUCAUAGGGAAGUGAUAGAAAAGAAGCCUGAGAAGUUUAAAAUUGAGUGUUUGAAUGAUAUCAAGAACCUGUUUGCACCAAGUAAACAGCCUUUCUAUGCUGCUUUUGGAAACAGGCCCAAUGAUGUAUAUGCCUACACACAAGUGGGAGUUCCAGACUGUAGGAUAUUUACAGUGAACCCAAAGGGUGAACUGAUCCAAGAACAGACCAAGGGAAACAAAUCCUCGUAUUACAGACUAAGUGAGCUUGUGGACCAUGUGUUCCCAUUGCUUAAUAAAGAACAGAGUUCUGCCUUUGCGUGCCCAGAAUUCAGCUCCUUCUGCUAUUGGCGUGAACCACUGCCUGAGGUGAACAUGGAAGACCUGGCCUGAAGAGCACUGUUCCAUCCCACUGACAUGGGAUUUCUUGUUCAGCCAUUUAUCUUCAGUUUAAAUAUGAAGAAAGACCUCUACUGAAGAGGCUAAAUUUAUACUUUGGUACCAUAAGUCUUACUAAAGAAGACAGUUUAGCUCUGUGGGAUUGGCACAAACAAACAGGAAAGUUAUUGUAUUUCUGAGUUUGCUUGUCUUAGCUUGACUCUUAAAAGGCAUCUGGGAUCAGCCUGUGUGAUAGUAGCAACUUUGAGACAGUAGAUGGCAACACAGAGGUGGAAUUUUAGCUGCAAAUUUGCAGUACCAUAGAGAAAAAUCUUACCUUUAAACAUAGACCUUUUGUAUUAGUCUCAAAAUUAUAUUUUUUAAAAAGAAGCCAAAAAGUUUAUGGAAGCUGCCAAAUAGAUUGUAUCGGCCACAUGAGAGCAGUCAUGGACCAGUGUUCAAAUUCAUUGUAGGCCAUUUUAUGGAAGACAACUGUGGCUCUUUCUCAAACAAAAAAUAGAAAAUAUCGUAGACAUUAAUAGCCCUGGGGACUCUGAAGAUCUAAUGUUGCUCCUCAAAUGUACACGUGUACUUUGCCACAACAAACCAAGACAGUGUCUAGUCGAGAUAAAUGUAGCACCUGCUCAUGUUAACUUGGGUCUCAUACAGUUUUUAACAUACAACAAUCAGAACCUUUUAUGGGCUUGUUGCUUAAACUUUUUAAAAUCAACAUUGUCUCAAGGUAUUUGUAUGGUUUUUUGUUACUCACAGGCUAUAACCUUCCAGGUCAAGUUUCUGUGCAGGGAAGGCUGAGAAAAGAGCUUUGUAGGGCAGGGCAGGGAGGAAAGCCAGCAUUGAGAUGCAGGUAAAUGCACACAUUUUAUAGGCCAGUAAAAAGUAUGUGCAGAAUACAUUCAGGGAAUUGUAUUACAAGACAAUGAUGUAUUUAAUUUUUUAAUCAGUCCUUCUCCAGGGCCUUCCAGAAUUUUGUAUUGUGAGGUUUCAGCAGGUGCGAGUCUACAGGUGAGGCUUAUGGUCUAAAUGCUGUAGUGCAGCCAGCACAGCACGCUGGGGUAAAUGACAAGCAUUGCCAUGUGGCUGUUCCUCAGUUUCAGACCCAAUCCUGUAAACUGUUUCAGGUACGAAUUGUGCCACAGGUGUACUAAUCGGCUCCAAAGCAGCUGACUGGCAGUGUUUUCCUGCUGGGUAUCCCAAAGUCAUUAACUGCAAUGGAUUUUUAUGGUUUAGACUUAUGAAUUCACCCUUCAGAGAGAGGUAGGAUGCAUCUGAAACUGUGUCUGCUGGUUAGGGAGAGUGGAGACUAAGGUUGUUUAAGCCACUCUUUAAACUUGGGCCUACUUGCAGGCUAGAGAGGCCCCAAUUAUUACUUGGAUAACUUGGGCAGGCCCUCAGGAUUAUGAUGGCUUCCCAAGACUGCCUUACGUUUUGCAGUAGUGUUCAGAAUCUCCAUGGUGCAGUAGGGAAAAUGCUACCUUUUGUCCUUUCUAUUGCUGGUACACUUUGUAAAAAUUCCUUAUGGCAUCUACUGCCGUGCCUGCACCAGGGGAUUCCUCCCAUAUUGGAAAUCAAAUGUUUACGGCCUCUUUCACAUUACUUUGAUCCCGCUGUCUAAUAUAAAGGGGGCAAAUUCUUACCUUCAGGCUGUCAGUGAGAGAGCACAUUUGGUAGAUAUUUAUUCCUUUUUUUCGGGCUGUGUGCUCUUAACCUGAAGUAGCAUAAAUGGAAUCAAACCUAAAUCAACUGGAAUAAAGCUUUGGUGUAUAAUUUGCAUUAGUAUAUAAUGGAGAAGUACAGGGAUGACUUGGAUCCUCCCUUGUGCUGGAAAGAGGGAGGCCUUGUUAGCCCAUACCUACUAGUGCAUUGUGUGCCACAUAAACAGCUGAAUUAAAUUGCAGCAGCCUCAUCAAAGCAUAUUGUUUUCAUGGCAUGCUAAUAAUAUUCAGCGCAGUUUCUGGCUGUGCUACAAAUCUACUUGAUUUGAACUGAAUUGGACUGAGGUUUUCCUCGAAUGUUAAAAGAUGUUGUUUUACAAGUUCUUCCUUCUAGUAGCCACAAAUUGCACAGGGUUUAUUCGUCAAAAACCACAAUCUUUUGCCUUCAGUGGAUUUAAUAUCAAGCCCUAAAAAUGCUGUUGGAAAAAUGUAAUGUUAUUUAUGAAUUGUUUUACUGGAUUCAAAUGAGAACAGAAUUUGUCUGUGCACGUACAUUGCUGCAUUUGGCAAACUUAUAAACACCAGUCUUUAAAAGCCUUGCUUUAUUUCCUCUCAUUUCUUAAAUGGGAAAACAUUGGUCAAGGGGUAAAAUGUUCAUGGCACAUGAAAACAGCUUUGAAAAUUGGUGAGAUUGGGGCUUUGAGGUCACUUAAGCACUUGUGAAGUUUUUCUCCAAAAUAAUGAAAGAAACUUCUUUAUUUUUUCCAUAAAAUGAUCAGGGCUCUCCAGUGUUGAUUUGAAUUUCCUUUCCUCUUUCUCAGUGGCCCUGGCUUUAUGCAGGUUUUAAAUACUUCAUGACAAACUUAAAAUAUUCAGGAUAAUUCCAUAUUGGGCAGAAAAAAAAAGAAAUAUUGCAAGGUGCUGACUGUACCUUACAUGGCUACCUUUCUUUUGAACCAAAGUGCUUGUUUUCUAUGUCUUGACAUUUCAAGUGAUGAAUUUUAUACUUUGAGUGGGAAAUGGGCAACUCAAAAAUAAAAAAUAAAGAACCCACCUUUUCUGUAGAAGGAAUUUAAGAAUGAAAUGGAGACAUCCAUCUCCUCUUCCAUAGCUGUCCCUUCAGCUACUGCAAGCAUUUGGGCUGUGCUAGGAUUUUGGAGAAGGAAGAGUGAGGGCAGAGAGCUCUGCGUGUGCUACUAACCUUUUUUUUUUCAUUUAGGGAUUUUCCAAAAAGCACCUUUAUAACCUCUUUCUGUGGGGUAUCCUCCUGCUUUUUGUUUCUGAUGCAAUGUAAGCAUUCCAGAGUCUUCCUAAUCGGGUUUUUUAUUUUCAUUUUUAUUUUACUGACUUGUGUUUGGAGCCCUGAUAGAGUGUUAAUGUUUGUUUAAAAUCCAGUUUGAGGGACUGAGCUUUGGUGGGUACGGUAUGGUACAUGGACUCGAGACGAGACAUGUCGUACGUCUGUCAAAUGGUGGGUUUGUGCUGUAAAGUUUAAUAUGAAGUGAUUGCAUUAAAAUUCUAUGCGUCUCUUUCCUUUAUUUCACUUUAAUGGAAAUAAGUGGCUUGAAAUUAAUGUCUGAAAACAAAGCUUGUGCUAAGCCUAUUUCAGAUCAGCACAAAAGUUAACUAAUUCUUUCUAUGAAAGAGGAGCUUUUAUGUGUGUGUAAGCAUGUGUGCGCACGCGCACACACAGCCCUUUUUAAGACUGUGUUGUUGAAGACGCAGAUCCCCUUAGCAUUGGAACUGUGUUAAAUGUCACAACCUUCCGCAGUAUUUAUCUGGGGAUAGACCGGGAACAUUGCAGUUCAGAUAUGGGCAGUGCAUUGGACACCUGCCCAUUUCUGUAGUGAUUAAACAUGAUUAACUCAAUCAUUUGUGUAUAUAGUGACUGUUUCUAGAUUUUUUUACUUUACCGUGAUUAAGCUUGUACUUCAACAUAUAAGCAUUUCAUCUGUAAGAGUGUAGAAGUGCAGGCGUGUCCUUGGAUCAUGUAUUCUUAAAUGCUUGUCAUCAGCGUAUUGUUUCUAGAAUGAUAUACUCUUCAGCUGGAAAAGUCUUAAUGCUUCAAGCAACUUAAUUGCACAAGGUCUGAGGAAAAACUCUGGUUUAUUAUAAAGUAUUCAAACGUGAAAUCUCUUUUUAUUCAAGUUGUCUAGAAGGACUCCUCUACAUCUAAGGAGCUGCUUAAGAAUAAGAAACUAAGUUUAACAUCAUUAUGAAAUACCAGGAAUCUGUAGUGAAUAUGAGAGAGCUUUUGAAGUAUCACUUUUGCCUGAAGAAGUUUUUCUGUGUGAAAUCCUGCUGAAUCAUUUUUUUAAAAGUGUUAACUAUUUCCAGAUGGAAGGUGCAUUUUGAUUUUAUUUUGAGGGUAGAGAGAGCUCAUCAGUACUUUCUAUUUCAUUAUUCAGUGAAGAACAUGUGAAAUAUUUGAUUGUAAAACACCGCAAUCACUAAUAAGGUAGCGUGGUAAAAAUCGUCAAAUCUGUGAACAAGCCAGUACAGUGGUUUUUGUCAGGACUGGACUAUCUCGGGUAAAUAACCCACACUUUUUGGUGCAAUGUUUAUUGAUGUUCAAAACAAUGUAACCACAAUAAACAAAUUUAAACUAAA